UGAAACCUUAAUAAAAGCACCUUGUCGUCAACAUUCUCUACCUCCUCUCUUUCUCUCCUUACUGUUUACUCUCCUUUUGUUGGGACUUGGGUCCCUCAUUUUCUCUUUCAAACUCAGAGCUCGCUCAUUAUUAAAUCUUCUUCACGCAGCUCCCAAAGCUAAGCCAAACCCUCCUCUCUUUUCUCUUCUCUCCUUUUUUUGUGGCUGUUAUUUUUGUGGCUGUCAAAUGGCCGCGUUUGAGUCCUUAAAAGAUGACGUUUUCUGGUUACCUUCAAAGUUUGAAGAUGCACUUCUCGUGGAUAAAGAAAAUACCCCUGUUGUGAUGAAAGGUUUUGUGAAGAGAGAUGCUGAGAUGGAGAAGCCCACCAGUCUCUGUUUCCCUACUGAGUUUCCUUACGAGUUUGACUCGUUCGAUUCAGCUCUCAGUUGUCCGGUGGAGUCAGUGAACGGUCCAACUGAGACGGAGAACACCAGCGACGAGGAGGACUUCCUUGCCGGGUUAACUCGCCGUCUCACUCAAUCCUCAACUCAGAAGCUCGCUGUCCCUGGUCUCACUAAAGACAAGCUCGAGAGCUGGGUUAUGGCCGGGUCACCCGAGUCGACUCUGAGUGGAAUAGGGAGCUGGUCAGUGUCAAGCAACGGAAGCCCAAACGGUUCCUCUUCUCCUCCGUCGACGCCGUUUGGUGAACAAAACGACACGUGGGACCUUAUAUCUGCCGCCGCAGGACAGGUCGCUAGGUUGAAGAUGAGUCACGGAGGCGUCAAAUACGACGUCAACAACAGCCAUGGCGGAGGCCUUAUUGCUGCUCCUAUGACCACUCCAAGCCCCGUGCAUGUUAUCAAAAGCCCCAACUCUGGCUCAGAUUCGAGCAAAUCUGGUAAUUAUAGCCCUGCUCAAACAAUUCAGUAUCAGAUGCUAAGGCCUCACAACGGCGGUUUAAACAGUGUGAUGCGGGGAAGACAGCAAGUGAGGUCAACGUGGUCGACUCAGCCACAGCCACAACAGAUCCAGAGUAAAGCCAGAAGUGUUGUUUAUGAAAACGCGAGAUGUGGGCGUUCUGUAGUCUUGUCUCAAGCUGCAUGGCCUCCGCUUCAAGUUCAGCAACAUCAACAUCAACAACCACAACACUCUGCUUCGGCCAUGAAACCUGUGUUUCUUGGUGGAUCUGCUGGCGUCAAAAGAGAAUGUGCUGGUACUGGUGUGUUCUUGCCGCGGAGAUAUGUUAACAACCCUUGCGAUUCUCGCAAAAAAUCAGGCUGUUCAACUCUUCUACUAUCAGCGAAGGCUGCUCAGGGUUUGAAUCUGAGUGUCGAAGACAUAAAUGGGAAUAAUGCUCACUCUCACCACCGAUUCAAUACGGCUCUUGGUCUCCACUAUGAUGCUGUAAUGGCGAGAGGAACCGAGCUUUUGACCCUUCAAAAGCAACGAAGCAUAAGACCUGAGGCUGCUCCACUAAAUCAUGAAGUACAUCUUCCUCAAGAGUGGACAUAUUGAAGAAAAAAACAAUUAGUCUCAGAUUUGAUCUCAUUUUGUUGGAAAAAGUUAAAAGAAUUAAGUAUAACGUCAGUGAUUUCUGAAACAGAAACAUGGGAUUUGGUUGUUGUAAGGUAAGAAAUUAAGAAAGUGAGUGUAGUUAGUUGAAGAACAAUAAUUAAUUAAUUAAUUAUGUUGGAGGUUUUGUGGGGUAGAUUUAGCUGAAUUAAGAACAAAUUACAGGAAGAAGGGAAGAGGGUUUUUGGGUGAAAUAAGUGGAUUUCAUCUUCUGGGUUUGAUGUAUUCGGGCUUGUAAUGUCAUUAACUUAUUUUUUGUACAAGUUGUCUGGUUGUAGAAGGCGAAUCCACAACCCUCUUGAUGUAAAUUAUAUCCCUUGGCAGAUAUAAUUUUAAUAAGAAAUAUUUAUUAUUAUUAUUUUAUUUA